AUGAUGAACCGAUCGCUAUUGCGUGCAGCUGCACGCUCUGUCCAGGCUGGUCGCUCCGUCGCUGGCCGGCGGUACGCUUCUUCUGCCGUCUUCAAUUGGGAGGAUCCCCUCGCCGCGGAGGAGCUGUACACACCGGAGGAGCUGGCGAUUCAAGACACAGCCCGGCAAUACUGCCAAGACCGAUUGAUGCCGCGUGUAUUGGAGGCCUACCGUAACGAAGACUAUGACCGUCGAAUUCUUGAAGAAAUGGGCGAAUUAGGCUUGCUCGGCGCCUCAAUCCAGGGAUACGAUUGCGCCGGCGUGAGCACCGUAGCCUCUGGCUUGAUUACCAAGGAGGUGGAGCGCGUGGACUCCGGCUAUCGCUCUGGUAUGUCGGUGCAGAGCUCACUCGCCAUGACGGGUAUCUACGAGUUUGGCACAGAGGAGCAGAAGCAGCGAUGGUUGCCGGGACUUGCCAAGGGCAAACUGUCAGGUUGCUUUGGUCUGACUGAACCCAAUCACGGCUCUGACCCUGGUUCCAUGGAGACGGUGGCCCGCGAGCACCCGACUCAGAAGGGCAUGUACUUGUUGACAGGAAGCAAGACCUGGAUUACUAACUCGCCUAUUUGCGAUCUGGCUCUGGUGUGGGCGAAGCUCGAGUCCACCGGCAAGAUCCGUGGCUUCAUUGUCGAGCGUGAGCGCUGCACGCCUGGCUCGUUUGAGACUCCCGCGAUCAAGAAUAAAAACGGCCUUCGUGCUUCGAUUACUGGUAUGAUCCACAUGGAUGACUGCCCUGUCCCAGCGGAGAACAUGUUGCCCAAUGUUGAGGGUCUCACGGGUCCGUUCACCUGCCUAAACAGCGCCCGAUUGGGGAUUGCUUUUGGUAGCAUGGGCGCUUUGGAGGACUGCCUUGCCCGUGCGCGUGAGUAUUCGCUUGAGCGCAAGCAAUUCAAGGGUAACCCUCUGGCCAAGUACCAGCUUGUUCAGAAGAAGCUGGCUGAUGCAGCCACGGACGCCGCUUACGGCACACUGGCGGCAGUGCAGGUGGCUCGUCUUAAGGACGCAGGCAAGGCAACUCCGGAGAUGAUCUCCAUGAUCAAGCGACAGAAUUGUGAUCGUGCCCUGGUCAAUUCGCGGAUUCUUCAAGAGAUCUUUGGCGGAAACGCUGCCAGUGAUGAGUACCACAUUGGACGUCAUGUGUCCAAUCUUUUCGUGGUGCAGACUUACGAGGGUCAAAGUGAUAUCCACGCAUUGAUUCUCGGUCGCGCUAUCACCGGCAAGCAGGCCUUCGUCUAG